AUGCGGAAGUAUGCCUUCGCUUCAUCAACCUACAUCGAGCAGAUAGAUUUAGACAUCAACCGCACCUUCCGCUCCACCACAUUCUUUAAUGAGGCCUUUGGACCGCGUCAGCAGGUCCUUUUUCGUAUCCUAGCCGCCUACUCGAUGUAUAACACGGAGGUUGGCUACUGUCAGGGGAUGAGUGACAUAGCGGGCAUGCUCCUAAUCUACAUCAUGGAUGAAGAGGAGGCGUUUUGGGCGCUGGCGCAGUUAUUGGACGGACCGCACCAUAAGAUGCACUGCCUCUUUGUGCGUGACUUUCCAGGCCUGCGACGCUACUUCACGCAUCACGAUCGCGUGCUGCGGACUCACCUUCGCAAGGUAUUUAAGCACUUCCGUCGUGAGCACGUUGACUGCUGCACCUACGCCCUCAAGUGGUACAUGCAGUGCUUCCUUGGACGGCUUCCCAUCUCCCUGACCCUGCGCAUAUGGGAUAUCUACUUGCUGGAGGGCGAAAAAGCCAUGGUGGCUAUGGCCUAUAACAUCCUAAAGAUGCACAAACAGCGCCUACUGCGGAUGGACCAGAUGCAGAUUUUUACCUUCCUACAGGACGAAAUUGUCCGAGAUUUCGGUUUUGACGACGAUGAUGUUAUCGACUCAUUAAAGGAUUGUUUGGAGGAGCUGCGUCGCACCAAUCUGGACACUCCUCCUCCCCUCACUGCCGAUAUGUUGCCCACAAAGCCGAUGGGUCAGCCUCCAGCGGUGUGGGAGGUCCGACACUCCGAUGACGAGGAGGCUAACAAAGGGGAACAAAAACAACAAAACAGGAAAUCGAAAGUGAUGGAGACCGGCGCCACUACUCCUGUUGCUGAUACCAUUUUCGUGGCAGCGGACGGUGUUCUAAGAUCAGACGAACCUCGAACUUCAGCACCAUCAUCGACAUUGAAGAUGAGAAAACCACUUCCUGUAGUAAAUCCCGCCGUACCCACAACCCACAAGGGUCAACAGAGGCAGUCUUCGUCAUUGAGUCCGCAGUCCCUUCAUUCCAUGGACUCUCGACGGCGUCUGCGGGGAAGUCAGCAGUCUAUGAAUUCAUCUGGUUCUGUUUUCACCUCCUCUCGCACCUCCGUUGAAAACCCCCCCUCUACCAGCAAUCAGCAGCAUCAUAGCCUUCCCAAACGUAAUUCUCGUAUCGUCAAAAGUCGCCCAAAACUAUCAACCUACUCUACUCCGCAAUCACAAAGUAGGCUUAACAAUGAGAAGCCAGCAGGCGGUGGCGAGGAAAAGGGAGAAGACGAAGGGGAGAACGUGUGGUUUAUCCCCUCAGGAACUUGUUAUGCCACAACCACAAUCCAGCAUCAUGAUCGGAGGAAAGGUGGUGUUGAGCGUCGAAAAAGUCAAAAAACCACCAGUGCGGACCUGCCGCCGCGAGACUAUAAAGCAGUCAAAGAGGCAGAUACUGUAAAGAAAACUGAAGGGGCUAGCUCCACCCCACCUUGGAACCACGCUAAGCCGUCACCUCAGCCACUGAAGGCGAAAGCUAUCAACAAAGGUGUGAUGACUUCCAAGUUUGUCUCCGAGAUCGAGUGGUCUCCCCCGGUGAAUGACUCAUCAGCGGGUGAGUCUUCACCUCUGUGGACAAGAAAAACACCCUCCUCACCCUCCUCUCCCAAACCUACAGUUUACACGAAGCUUGGGAACCCAGAUUUCUAUGCAGCCUAUGUACAGCGACCCUCCACUGGCUUCACCUUCAUUAGGGACAGAGAUGUCAUCCAUGGCAGUAGUGGCGAUGCACGGUGGAGCGUCCACGGCACCGUCUGCGUCUUUCCCUGCCCUCCUCGCGCCUGUUCUCCUCUCUACCCUCCACCUCGACGCCAAGAUUGA